AUGGCAGACUGGAAUCGCGCUCAGAGCCCUGGUGCAGUGGAGGAGAUUCUAGACCGAGAGAACAAGCGGAUGGCCGACAGCCUGGCCUCCAAGGUUAAGAGGCUUAAAUCGCUGGCCCUGGACAUCGACAGGGACACAGAAGACCAGAACCGGUACCUGGAUGGCAUGGACUCGGAUUUCAUGAGUGUGACUGGCCUGCUCACCGGGAGCGUGAAACGCUUUUCUACCAUGGCAAGGUCUGGGCGAGACAACCGGAAGCUUCUGUGUGGUAUGGCUGUAGGCCUGAUUGUGCUCUUCUCCAUCCUCUCCUACCUCUUGUCAAGAGCAAGGACGUGAGCCAGUGGAAGCCAAGAGCAGCCAGACUCUUCCCCACCUGGUAUCCUGGGCUAAGGACUUACCUACAAAAUACUCCUUUGAAAAACUGCCACCAUGGGUCAGGCAUCUUCUUCCUGUAUCAGGAGGGCUGUAGUUGCCUCUAAUCCAAUAACAUGUUGGCUUGUCCCAUGCAUGGAAAGGGA